AUGGUCUUCCUUUUCUGUUUUUUCUUCUUUUUCCAGGGAGCAGCUCUUAAAUACUUGCCAGCUAUUGUCAAUGAUGUGAAACUAGUAUUUGAUCCAAAAGAACUUAGCAAACUUUUUACUGAAUUCAUCCUCAACGUUCCCGUGAGCCGGCUGACCAUUCAGAAGCUCUACUGUUUGAUCGAAAUAGUUCACAGUGACCUCUUCACACAGCACGACUGCAGGGAAAUCUUGCUGCCAACAAUGACAGAUCAGCUCAAGUAUCACUUGGAAAGACAGGAAGAUUUGGAGGCUUGUUGCCAAUUGCUGAGUAACAUCCUGGAAGUGCUUUACAAGAAAGAUGUGGGGCCAACACAACGACAUGUCCAGAUAAUCAUGGAAAAGCUUCUGAGGACAGUAAAUAGAACAGUCAUUUCCAUGGGACGUGAUUCAGAGCUCAUCGUAAGUGUCUCCUGAUGUAAACUUAAAUACCUUUGUCACAUCUUUCUGAACCUGAAUGUAAU